GUGUGUCCUCUAGAAGUGUCAGUCAGUUCAGGGAGUGUCCAGGUUGCCCGGGGCCAGACAGCGGUAUUGCCCUGCACCUUCACCACAAAUGCUGCUCUCACUAACCUUAAUGUCAUCUGGAUGGUCAUUCCUCUUUCUAACGCCAAUCAGCCUGAACAGGUUAUUCUCUACCAAGGGGGUCAGAUCUUUGGUGGUGCACCCCAGUUCUAUGGGAGAGUGGGGUUUGCUGUGACAAUGCCAACCACCAGUGCCUCCAUCUUCAUCAACAACACUCAGCUGUCAGAUACUGGUACAUACCAGUGUUUGGUCAACAAUCUUCCCGACCGAGGUGGCAGGAAUAUUGGAGUCAUUGGACUCACUGUUUUGGUUCCUCCUUCUGCCCCACUCUGCAGAAUCCAGGGGUCCCUGGAUGUGGGCAGCGAUAUCACACUGACCUGCAGCUCAGAAGAAGGCAUCCCCCGGCCAACAUACCUCUGGGAGAAACUGGACAAUGUACCCAAGUUGCCCCCAACUGCCACACAAGACCAAGUCCAGGGCACUGUCACUCUCCGAAAUAUCAGCACUGUGUCCUCAGGUCUUUACCAAUGUGUGGCUUCAAAUGCCAUUGGAACAAGCACUUGCCUUCUGGACCUGCAAGUCAUUGCACCCCAUCCCCGGAGCAUCGGCCUGAUUGCUGGAGCAGUGGCCACGGGUGCUGUUGUGCUAGUUGUCUGCAUUGUCUUGGUGGCCGUGGCGCUGUUUUACUGGAAAAAUAAACACAAAGAGGAAGAAGAAGAGGAGAUUCCCAAUGAGAUAAGGGAGGAUGACCUGCCACCCAAGUGCUCCUCCACCAYGAAAACAUUCCAUGCCGAUGCAUCCUCAUCCGAAAACGACACCCUCACCUCUUCCAACACCUACAACAGCCGUUACUGGAACGACCCCAAAGCCAACCAUGCCACAGACUCCUUCACCCGCUUCAGCAACAACAACGACGUGCGUCAGCCCCCCUUCUCCCGCUCGGGUAGCACGAGCACCCGCCCCAUCUACGCCAAUGGAGGGCACCCAUCCCCGGCUCCCCCUAAGACGCUGGUGGUAACGGCCAACACGGCCCCAUCCCCUCAGGARGUGGUGAGGAGCAAUGGCUCAGUGAGCAGGAAGCAAAGGCCGCAGCACACGCGCUCCUAUGCAGUGAGCCAGGCAACACUGGAGCGCAUCGGGGCUGUUCCUGUCAUGGUGCCUGCUCAGAGCCGGGCCGGUUCCCUCGUGUAGGGCGCUUGGGCAGGCAAAAACACAGCAAGAAGCUUCAUGUACCAAGUGGGGUGAGGACAUGGGCAAGAGACCCUCCUACUCCUUGAAAAAUGUGGUGAGAUGGGGGGAGAUGCRCCUCUCCCCGCUGCCCUUCCCCCUCCCAAGACUGUUGCUGGCUGGUGGGACAGCCCCGGCCUUGCCACUUUGCCCCCCAGGUUUUGGGGGCUUUUCCACACUGGUGGAUCUCACAGAUGUGCCAAGGCCACAGGAGAAGGGUCCUAGGGGCAUUGCUGUGCUCGCCCUGACUGCUGGGCCCCAGCAGGGAUGCACACUCGGCCCUAAUCUCUGGGGAAUUUGUUUUC